UGGGACCGUCGCAGCCCUACAACCCAACAACAACAACAACAACACACUGCUGGUGGCUGAGAUAAACCCAACAAAGAACAAACUAACUAACAAACAACAUCACUUUGUUACAGCAGUCACAAUGCAUAAAGUUUAUAGACAAUUUACCAAGUCUUGGAGAACAUUAAAAUAUACAAGACAGUACAGAUGUAUAUCAACUUGUGCUCGUCAUUAUGAUAAGUUUGAAACUCGGGCAGAAUUCUCUAAUGGGAGGACAAUGUACAUAGAGACUGGAGAAUAUGCUCGUUUAGCAGAUGGUGCUGCAGUUGCUAAACUAGGCGAUACUUCAGUCCUUAUCACUGCUGUGAGUAAACCUCGGUCUGGACCCUUCCCAGGGUUUAUGCCUCUCACAGUGGAUUACCGACAAAAAUAUGCUGCUGCCGGCCGUAUUCCUUCUAAUUAUUUGCGAAGAGAGCUUGCACCAACUGAGAAGGAAGUCCUAACUAGUAGAAUUAUUGAUCGCUCUGUUCGUCCAUUGUUUCCUGUGGGCUACUGUGGUGAUACCCAUCUCUCGUGUCAACUUCUUGCAGUGGAUGGUCUUUAUGAUCCAGAUGUUGUUAGCAUCAAUGCAGCCUCUGCAGCACUAGCAGUAUCAGAUAUUCCAUGGAUGGGUCCAGUAGGGUCAGUGCGUGUAGGAUUAAUUGAUGGAGAGGUAAUUAUCCAACCCACCCGACGAGAAUUGUCCAAGAGUUCCCUCAAUCUAGUUAUUAGUGGUGCUGAACGUAAGCUUAUUGUUAUGCUGGAAGGUGGAGGAAAUAAUGUUCUUCAACAAGAUCUAAUGAAGGCCAUCAGAAUGGGUGUGAAGGAAUGCCAGCUUAUUAUUAAAGCCAUUCAAGACCUAGUUAAACAGGCUGGCAAGCCCAAAAGGACUUUUACUAAUUCACUUGUUGUGCCAGAGGAAAUUUUACAAGCUACUAGAACCCUGAGUGAGACACGCUUGCGAAGUAUUUUCACUGACUUCUCACACCAUAAGCUCUCAAGGGACAAUGCUGUUAACCUCUUGCGAUCAGACGUUAUACAGAAAUUGGUCCAAGGAUUUCCAGAUAGUGAUAAUCAACUAGCCAAUUUGGCUUUUAGCCAAGUCACAAAAGAUGUGUUUAGGAACCUUGUUUUAGAUGAAGAUAUCAGAUGUGACGGUAGAGGCCUUUGUGAUUUGCGCAUUAUGAAAUGCAGCGUAGAUCUUUAUCGUCCCCUGCAUGGGUCAUCACUCUUCCAGCGUGGUCAGACACAAGUACAAUGUACCGUUGCUUUUGAUGCCCAUGAAAAUAUUCCCAAAUUAGAUCCUUUAUUAGAGGCUACUGGGGGCCAUAAGGAUCGAAACUUUAUCCUGCACUACACAUUCCCUUCUUUUGCCACAAAUGAAGUAGCGAAGAGUGGUCCAAUUUCUCGACGGGAGGUUGGUCAUGGAGCCUUGGCUGAGAAGGCUCUUAGACCUCUCUUGCCUUCAAACUUCCCUUUCACCAUCCUUCUCACAUCAACAGUACUGGAAUCCAAUGGUUCAUCCUCUAUGGCAACUGUAUGUGGUGGUAGCCUGGCUCUAAUGGAUGCAGGUGUCACCAUAUCUUCACCAGCAGCUGGGGUAGCGGUUGGCCUAGUUACACGCUAUGAUGAGAACAACACACUCCAAGAUUAUAAGAUUCUGACUGAUAUAUUGGGUAUAGAAGACUACAUGGGAGAUAUGGACUUCAAACUGGCAGGAACUUCUAAAGGUAUUACAGCACUUCAGGCAGAUGUAAAAGUCCCGGGAAUUCCUUUGAAAGUAGUGAUGGAGGCAAUACAACGAGCCACAGAUGGAAAAGCAACUAUUCUGACUAUUAUGAGGGACACUAUAGCUCAACCUCGUGAACAGAAGAAAGAGACAAUGCCUUCAUUAGAAAAGAUAGAUGUACCAGCCCAUAAGAGGAGCAGAGUCAUGGGCCCUGGCGGCAUGCAUAUUCGGCGAGUGCAGUCAGAGACUGGAGUUCAGCUGACAUGGCAGGAGGAUGGUACACUGUCAGUCUUUGCACCCAAUCAGUCAGCUUUGGAGGAAGCAAAAGAGGCCCUAAUGGAAUUGCUCAGUGAUCAGGCACCUGCCUUAGAGUUUGGUAGUAUUUAUACUUCUACAAUUGUUGAACUUCGACCCCAAGGUGUUAUGGUGACACUCUAUGAUGACAUGUCACCAGUUUUACUUCAUAAUUCACAAUUAGACACCAAAAAAAUUUAUCAUCCUAGUGCACUUGGCCUUGAAGUUGGUCAACAGAUCAAGGUGAAGUAUUUUGGACAUGACCCAGCAUCAGGUCAGAUGAGACUCUCCAGAAAAGCACUACAAGCAUCAGCUGCUGCUGUAAGAAACCUUCAUAAAACAGAACCUGUAUGACUGUAAAUGGUGUAGUGAUACUGACAAGACAAAAAAUGUACAGUUCAGGACACUUGUUAAAGGAAUGGUUUCAGUCCUAGUACAAAAUAAGCAACUGGAGGGCACUAUAUAAUAGGCAGAGAUAAGUGACCAGUAGUAAGGGCAAGGUGAGGCAGGUUAUAGUUGAGUGGGUGUCAUGUGAUGGCCAUUCCUAAUGUGGGUACAUUGGUUGUUAUUAUUAUCAUAACUAAGCACUAAACCCACAAUGUUUAUACACCAAUACAGCACGUUGGAAACAUUGAAGCUCCCAGAUAUUUGCAAGUGUGUGUUGAUUUUGGAAAUUAAAGCAAUUUCUACCUCUGUUGGUCAUUUUUGUGGAUGAGUAAUUGGGCCUCAUUUUAUUUCAUCAGGUGUCCACACUCAACCCUGUGCUGUACACAGGCAUUGCUGCAAUUAUCUCAGCUGCAAGCAUGUGUGUUCACAAACUGAUUUCCAAAGAUCUAGCAGUCUUCCCCACAUGGUAAUGUAUACUUUUGUGCUGGUCAAGGAUUUGAUUGAUGAAGAGCUAAUGGCUAUUUUGACAGGUUGGUUGUUAAAUGAUUUAGCGACAUUAGAUGCCAUGUUGCUGACCAGCAAUGCGAUAUAUCUGGUAGGUGCUUGUUUUGUACAGUAUGUGUGUAGCAUGCUUCCUGCACUAAAGUGUAGAAAAUAUUGCAGUAAACUUGCAUGUUUUGUGUGCAUUCCUCAGAAUGGUGAACUGGAAAUACUGAAGGCUCUGAGGCAGCAGCUCCUUACACCUCAGUCUUGACAUGGUGGGAGAGAAGUGUAAUAGAUCAUGUUUGUAUGUAGAUUUUUGGUAAACAUUGAAUGAGUCUUCACAUGUGUGUAGAGGUGUUCAGAAAAGGUAGUUUGUUGUCCUUAUCCUUUAGUGUGAAUUUAACAGUUGGUUCUAAAUUGUUGAUGGAGCUGAAAAUAGGCACUUCGUGAUCUUUGGGAAUGACUGAAAUAUCAGUAUUUUAGUCAGUGUGCCCUAAGAGCUCUAUGUGCAUAAUAUCCUUUGCUCAAAAUUAUCUUUUCUAGAUAUGUGUAUUUCUACACACAGGUGAAAUUACUCUUGUUCAAGGGUUACCAAAAACCUAUGUACAAAAAUGGUUUAUGCUAAUCUCCUACCAAGUAAGGCCAAAAAGGUGUCAUAAGCAUCUUCAGAAUCUGGCCAGUUUUUACAAGAAUUUAAAUGUAUAGCUCAUGCUUUCAGUUUAUUACAAUUUCCCCUACACUUAAAGUGCAGGUAGCUUACCCCACACACUGCAGCACAAGCAUCGAUAAAACAGAGAAAGCUACUGGAUACAUUGUUUUGCUGAUGAGCAGUGUGAUAUCUAAUGUGGCUAAACUAUAUAAGAGCCCAACCAAUCAAAACUGGCACCAACUCUUCUGCCUCAACCACUGCAGAAGUGUACAUUAUACCAUGUGGGGAGGUGAUAAAAGGUAUAUGGUUGCAGAUUGCUAAAUCUUUGGAAAUGAGAGUUUGCAAACACAGAUAUUCCUGCAGCCAGGAUGACAAUACCUGUGAACAAUACAUGGAUAAUUGUGUAUGCCUGAUGAAAGUAUAACGAGACCAAGUUGGUCAUCUGUGACAGCA